AUGGUGACAGAAGCUUCUUUGUUUAUGAUUAGUCAGACGGCAAGAGCUGGCUUGAUAGGAGCAAAAAUCAAAUCUCGAAAAGCUAUGGAAAUUGAUGAAAAAAUGUCUUUCUUACGUCCCUCCAAUGUCAUUCGAAAUUUUUUCAAACCUAAAAAAGUGCCUCUAUUCUCCGGUUGCCCAACUAAUACACAGUGCUCCUUUAUCUUAUCUUGCUGGUGGAGUGGGGACUCAGUUGGAACUUCGUGUGGACCCCUCUUCUUUUGUUGUGGAAGUCAGGAUAGCAGAGAUGACCAACAUGUACAUCAGCUCUACUAUGGUCCUGUUAGAAAUGAUCCAGUAUGUGGCAGAAGUUCAACUGCAACAAGCAGAAUAGUUGGAGGUGAAGAUGCAGCGUUUGGACAGUUCCCUUGGCUGGCGUUUAUCCAAGUGGGUGGCAGUCGUUGUGGAGGGGCACUAGUGGCUUGGCGACACGUCGUUACAGCUGGGCACUGCGUUGCAAAAACUCAACACAAUCCUGGCAACAUCAAAGUCACGUUAGGUGAUUAUAUCCUCAAUUCGGACCUGGAAGGCCUUCCUAGUGAAAGUUUCGGUGUCGAUGAGGUGAAAGUGCAUCCAAAGUUUCGGUUCACACCACAGGCAGAUCGCUUCGACGUGGCUGUGCUGUUACUGGAUCGACCAGUUGGUUAUCGCUUCAACAUGAAACCCAUCUGUUUGCCGGAAAAGGGCACCGACUUCUUGGGUGUAGUAGGAUAUGCUGCUGGAUGGGGAGCCUUAGAGCCAGGUUCAAAGCUACGUCCAAAAAUUCUCCAGCAUGUUCCUGUGCCUAUAAUAAAUAAUAAAAUGUGUGAAGGAUGGCAUAGAAGACGUGGUAUAAAUAUUGUGAUUUAUGACGAAAUGAUGUGUGCUGGCUAUGAAUACGGCGGAAGGGAUUCUUGUCAGGGAGAUUCUGGUGGUCCACUGAUGAUCAACCAUUAUGGCAUCUGGUACCUCGUGGGAAUAGUAUCAGCCGGUUAUUCCUGUGCCAAACAAUUCCAGCCGGGAAUUUAUCAUCGAGUAAGCAGCACUUCGGACUGGAUUUCUACAAACCUUUAUUGA